GCGCCAGCGGGCUGGUCGUGGGUGCUUGCCGAGGACGCGGGCGGCCUCGCCUACGGCUCCGUGGCGCAGGUCGGCUCGAUCGGUGGCACGCUCCUGGCCGCGCGGGCGGGCCGAAGGGCGACGGUCACCCUCGUCGGGGGAGCUUCCGCCAUGGCUUUCCUCCGUGAGGACUGGCGGCGGGGCGACUUCAUCGACAAGUGGCGGGGCACCGACGCGAGGACCUUGGCGCGCGCGCCGGGCACUCGCCUGGCGCGGAGCUGGCUCGCGGUGACCGAGGCGGCGGUGGAGGUGGCAGACCCCAGUUUUCCCCUGCAGCCGAGGUCCGCGGCGUGGUGCGUGGCGUGGUUGCUGAGGGAGGGCGGGCCUAUCCAGCACCACGAGAGCUGGAAGUCCCGCGAGCGGCUCAGCUCAUCGGACUGGGGCGUCUCAGCGCACCGCGCGCUCUCCACCGUGCUGGAGGACCUCGCCACGCAUGACGAGGUCAAUGUGACGAACCUCCUCGGCGUGGAGCGGAUGCUGAGGAAGAUGCAGCUGAUCGAGCAUAUCUGGGACGAGAAGCAGCGAGAGCAGGAUUCUGGACAACUGGAGCUGCCGGUGGAAGAGGUCUCCGCCUUCAUGGGCGGCACGGGUCUGUCGAGCCGCCCGAGCAGCAUGGCGUGCCCUGCCCUGCUGGACGUCGUCGGGAAGGAGCUCGAGCGCAUCAGUCAGAUCAAGAAGAACGCCCGCAAGCUGCGGGAGGAGGCGAAGGCCGCCGCUGGGCCGAAAGCCAGCGGAGCCAAGGCGGUCGAGGCGCUCAAUGGCCUCGGCGGCGCUGGGGCGCAGGGUGGCUCACCGCCGCGGGCUGGCGCGACGCCCGCGCAGCAGCAGUGCCUGGCGCGAAUCGCGGGCUCCGUCGCCCAGCUGGGUCCCCCGCCAGGCGACCUACAGCCUUUGGCAGCCCUGCAGGAGCUCCAGGCUGCUCUGUCCUACGAUGGCUCGCUAUCGACGAGGGCAGAGGCGAUGGGCGUCUCCUGGCUCUCGCUGCCUCCUCCAGGUAACCACCCUGUGGCGCUGGAGCGGCUCCUGGGCGCCGAGGUGUUCGACCCCGCCCAUCGUGAUAUCUCGUGCAAGGUCUGGCCAAAGGCCGAAGUUCUGCAGCAGAAGCAGCGCGUUGGCUUCGAGAAGCCCUACUCGGACCCCAGCCUUCGAGACCCUCGCCGCUAUGCAGCGCUGGCGAGGCGUCUCCAUGAGGCCAGGGCGGUCGACCUCGUCAGCGACGCCGCCCUGGUGGUCGACGAGGUUGGCCUUUUCAGCGUGGCCAAGAAGAGCGGGAGGCAGCGGCUGGUCGUCGACGCCCGCCCGGCCACCUUCUGGUUCGGCGACCCCGAGGGCGUCCUCCUGGCCACCGUUGCGCUGGCGGUGAUCGAGUUGCCAGACGGCGCCAGCUUGUGGACCGCCUCGGCGGACAUCGCGGACGCCUUCUACAACGCGGAGCUGCCGGACGCCUGGAGGCCGUACGUCGCGCUCCCUCCGCUGGACUCCUGGAGGCUUGGGCGUGAGACCGCCCCCCGGCAGCCUCACCCGCAGCGGCUCUGGCCACGGCUCGCGGUGCUGCCCAUAGGCUGGCCCCGCGCGCUGGCCAUCUGCCAGCGGGUUUCGGAGGCGGCCGCCGACCGCGCAGGGCUGUCGGUGCUGUCCAGGAUCGCGGACCGGCGUACUGGCCCUUGUCUGGGCGCCGGCGCGCACCUCGUGUACGUCGACAACUUCGCGCCCCUCGCCCUCGACGGCGACACUGCCGACCGCCUGAAGGAUGACAUGGUCACCGAGCUGCGCAGCGAGGGCCUCCCGUUGCAUGAGGAGGGGCCUGCCCCGCUCCGCGCGCAGGUGCUGGGCUGGGUGAUCGAUGGCGCGCGGGGAGCAGUCACGCCUUCGCCUCGGAGAGCCUGGAGGAUCAUCCUGGCCGCGCGUGCGCUCCUCGCCAUGCCGAAGGUCUCGGCUCAGCAGGCGCCCGCUGCUGGCUGUUCGGCCGCGCACCGCUUCAUCGCAAAGGCCGGCGAGGCGCCCCGGCCCUGGUGGCCCAGAGCGCGCCGGGAGCUGGUGUGGGCCAUGGGAGUUGUCCCGCUGGCGCACGCCGACCUCCGGGCCCGGUGGUUGGGCCGAGUUCUGUGCGCGGAUGCCUCCGAGUGGGGCCGAGGGGUAUGCGAGCGUGAAAUGAGCGGAGACGUGGUGGAGAGGAUGGGUAGGAUCCAGGAGCGCUGGCGCUUCCGAGACCCCAGUGCCGGGGCGCCGCGGGAGCAGCUCAUCGAGCCCCUCGAGCCCCUGGAGGCCCACGUCUACUCCGAGCCGUCCUCGAGAGGUCACGUCAGCAGCGCGCCGUCGGACAUCCAGGAGCCCAUCGCCCCCGUGGUCAAAGGCAGCCCCCACGUGGAGCCCCGGGAGACCGACUUCGAGCCUCUGGAAUGGGCCGCCCUCGUGGUGGUAGGGGGCGUCACCGCGGCGCUGCGGUGGAUCCCGUCGGACGCGAACCCGGCGGAUCUGCCCCCCCGCCAGGCGCUGAUGAUCGGCGCGCGGCUGCGCUGGGACGCCGUCGCCAGUCUGGCCGCCGCGCGGGAGGCCGGAAAGGCAGGCGAUGGUGUCGGCGCCUCUCGUGACGAUGGCCCCGCGCCAGCCGGCGGCGGGGGGCUCCCGCCAGGCGGCGGCCUCGCAGCGAGGCUUGCGCCAGGCGAGAUGCAGCCGCCUGUCGAGGCCGGCGGAGGCGGGCGCCAAGCGUGCGGGGGAGACCGCGGCGCGGGCGCCCAAGGCAGCCCCCCGGGCCAUGUCCUGAGGACCAUCUCGGUCUCGGCGGUCCCGACGGCCAAGUACGCGCGCCUCUGGGCCGAUCUCGCGGCCUGGAUGACGUCCGUGACCGUGGUCCUCCGCGCCGAGACCGCGGACGACCUGCUGGAGCACUGGAUGGGCCAGCAGCGCGCCAAGGGGUUGCCGAAGGCGCAGGUCUACAACGUGGUGAUCUCAGUCGACCUGCCGUCCUACAGCUCCCUGCCCGACGCUCCGAGCUGGCUCGAGGAGGCGGCGGAGGGCGUGAAGCUGGCGACGCUCACCCCGCGGCUGUGCCAGCUGCGGCGCUCGAGCCCGUCGGUGGAGUUGGCCCGGCAGCUGCGGGCCCUGGCCAGCGCCGAGCUCCGCGGCCGUCGGCAGGCCGACGCGUCGGUUGCGCGCCUCCCCAAGCUCGGCCGCGUCAGCGCGCAGCUGCAGAGGCUGGCGCCCAAG